UUGAGCAGCGGUUGAAUGUUCAAGGCUCUCCCUGCCGACGCCUUGCCAGUCUCUUCACAAUCCCUUCGUCAUGCUUUUACCCGCCAUCAAGAUGCCUCUAAUGAACUGACAUCGCUUGGAUGGAACAGGGUGGAACUAACUUGUAGUCAUAUCAUUUCCGCCCGAAAUUGUGGCGUUGGCGCGUCUCAUGGAAGUCGCAGAGACGCCUCCGUCACCAAGGGUCAAGAUGAUGCUUAUCUCAUUGUCUUUGUCACUGGCGCUGUCCUCAUUAGCUUAUGCCGCUCCUUUUACUGACACUCCUUUGACUGACUAUGCUCACAAGGUUAAGGAGGUAGCAAUACCUCCCCGAGGAUGGAUUAAACGGGGUGCACCUCCUGCAGAUUAUACCAUUGAACUCCGUAUUGCCCUUCCACAGCCAAACUUUAGUGAAUUAGAGCGUCAUCUUUACGAAGUCAGUGAUCCCACGCACUACCGUUAUGGUGAAUAUCUCUCUAAAGGGGAGGUUGAAGAACUCAUCGCUCCUCAUCCGGAAAGUCUCAACUCGGUCCAUCAUUGGCUCGCCACCCAUGGUUUCACGGACGACCACUUAAAUCGGUCUCCUGCGAGUGAUUGGAUCAAGGUGAACGUUCCUGUCAGUCUGGCUGAGAAGAUGCUCAAUACGGAAUAUCACGUCUGGGUUCAUGAACCCACUGGCAAGACUGCGAUUCGCACAACGACUUAUAGCUUGCCGGAAACCUUGCAUCAUCACAUUGAGCUGGUGCAUCCUACAAUUCAUUUCCCCAGCACCAAGCCACUGGUUGCCACCUCUCACUUGUCACCUAUUCUUCCGAAGGUUCUUGGGGCUAAUGUCGCUCAUGCGCGUCCCAUCGUGGUCCCUUCUGCAUCUGGUGGACAUGUGGAUGCGGAUUGUAACAACAAUAUCAAUAUCAAAUGUCUUCAACAGAUCUACAACAUUGGACGCUACAAAUCCUCUGCGCAUAAUGGCAGCCGGAUUGGUAUUACUGGUUAUCUUGAGCAAUUUGCCAACAUCGAGGAUCUUCAAUCGUUCUACAAAGAACAACGCCCUGAUGCUGUGGGAUCAUCUUUCGACACCAUCUCCGUUCAUGGUGGUCUCAACAACCAAUCCCUUGCCGAAGCAGGUGUUGAGGCGAAUUUGGAUACCCAAUUUGCCUUUGGCUUGACUUUCCCUACUCCCGGCGUCUUCUACUCCACGGCCGGGCGACCGCCGAUCAUCAACGACCUGCAGACUCCGGAUAACACAAAUGAGCCGUACCAGGACUGGCUUGACUACGUUCUCGACCACCCUAACCCUCCCCAAGUCGUAAGCACGAGUUACGGCGAUGACGAACAAACAGUUCCCGAGAGCUAUGCGCGUCGCAUUUGUCAGGGACUUGCACAGCUAGGCGCGCGGGGUGUCUCAGUUUUCUUCAGCUCUGGCGAUUUUGGUGUUGGCGAUGGUGAUCCCAAUCCCGAGACACAAAUUUGCAAAACCAACGAUGGCCGCAAUGUCACUCGUUUCAUGCCUGCCUUCCCCGCAUCUUGCCCUUACGUGACCACUAUCGGUGGAACAGUUCACAUCCCUGAGGUUGCUAUUGGCUUCUCAGGAGGUGGAUUUAGUGACCUAUUCCCUCGUCCGGCAUAUCAAGAUUCCGUAGUUUCCGGAUAUUUGAAGAAUCUGCCCGAAGGGAUUUAUGCUGGUCUGUUUAACUCAUCUGGCCGUGCUUAUCCUGAUCUUGCUGCUCAGUCAAGUCGAUACGUCGUCUGGGUAGGAGGACAUUCUGGGCACGUUGGUGGUACUUCUGCUUCUUCUCCGACUGUCGCCGCGAUCUUCUCUCUGUUGAACGAUGUCCGAAUCUCGCACGGAUUGUCUCCGCUGGGCUUCCUCAACCCCUUGAUCUACAAGAUUCAAGCUGAGCAUCCCGAAGCUCUGAAUGACAUCACGGAAGGCAACAAUCCCGGCUGUGGAACACAAGGCUUCAAUGCCACGAAGGGGUGGGAUCCCGUUACGGGUUUGGGCACGCCAAACUUUGGCAAACUGAAAGAUAUAGUCCUGUCUCUGGAAUGACCUGUUACAGAGCUGUGAUAUUUGCAGGUACAACGCAAGGCGUAUUGAUUAUCGCACUGCUACUCCGCAAGGAAACGUGCCAAGCGGUACUGCGUCCCUUAUACCUACCAAUACAACACCUUCCAUAAAUAGGGAUUGGAACAUGCGUUCCCAAAAUGCGGCAUCAUUUCACGCAUCUGGAAGUUUCAACUCAAUAUGACACUUCGCGAUUACCUUG